AUGGGCAACGGGAGGGCCCGAGUGGAACAUUUGCUUUUAGGGGGGGAAGCUGGGAAGCCACAGGACCCGACCAAUGACAUUUUCUUUGCAGGCGUGAUCCUCCUCUCCAUCGCCUCGUACAAUGUCGUCAAAGUCCUGAUCUGGAUCUUGAGUACAUUCCGGCACUUCCGUGGCCUCUACUUCUACAGCGUUCUCAUCACGGAUAUCAGCCUUAUGGGAUUCAUCGGGCUUUCAUUCCUGAUGCUCUACAUCGGAUGCUCCCCGGGUUGGCCAGCCGGUCUCUGGGGUAUAGUCUGCGCAGUACUACAAACUGCCCAAAUCCUCAUUUUCUAUACCCGUCUUCACCUCGUCUGCCCGCAUAAUCCCGGCGUGGUUCGCACCGUCCGGAUCCUCAUUGUCAUCACCUGCAUCGUCCUGAUCCCCCUCCUUGUUAUCUCCGGCAUCUACGCGAGUGUCACGCCCUCUUGGGUAGCGACAUGCGGCAUCAUUACGCGCUCGGUGCGAAUCACAGUCACCGUGCGCGAGAUGGUAGUAUGCACAAUAUACUGCCUCCAGGCAUUCAAGGAACUGAGCACAAUCGCCGCGCAUAAAGGGCGCGCCGGCGAGAAGGUCAUGCAACAACUGAUUGCUGUCCAGCUUGCGAUUAAUCUGAUGGACAUCGCGUUGAUUGCACUCACGUUCGGGUCGCCGAUGACAAUACAGUUGGGGUACACUUCUCUCGUGUAUGCGAUAAAGCUGAAGAUGGAGUUUGCCAUCUUGAAUACGCUGAAGACAUUGUUGACGAGUCCAAUGGAAUUUCUUCCUUCAUCGCGGAUGCCGGAACCUCAGCCCUCCUGCAUCCCAUCGUCUAUCCCGACCGUCAAUACAGUUCACCCUAAUCCCCCUCCCCCUCGCCUUCGCCCUCACCCUCACGCGCGUCUCUUCCACCCGAAGACUGGUAGUGCAAAUUCAUCGAGAGUCACCGCGUUACUUCUCUCUGCACAGAAGUUUCUCAACGCCUUCAUCCGCCGAGACGAUAAUCGGGUUGCACCGCCGCCUCUCUCCCCCCCAACGGAGCACGGCGCUCAAGCCCUUAUAUCUGUACCUCGCUGA